AUGGCGGACAUACACACGAUUUCUGUGGUCGGUCUCCUUAAAGAUGCUGAAUUUCACAUGAUUAAAGGAGCUGCAGAGGUAUUAUUGAGAUUAAAUGAGAAUUUUUAUGAAGGUUUUCAAUAAUAAAAGUAUAAUGCUCAUGUCUGAUGUACUUUUUCAUUUUAUCACAACAGCAACUUAGCCAGAGGGAACCCGAUGUUUUCACCGAGCCGUACGUCCUGGGUUUGUUGGAGUGUGAUUGGGAUACGUUCAUUCGAGAUAAGAAGAAGGUAGGAUAGAAAGAAGCAAUUUUGAAUCUAUUUAAAUUAAUGAACUGAAGAUCUAGGGAAGACACCGAGAUCAGUCAGAAAAAAUUGAUUUCUCUUGUAAGCUUGUUGUUUGGCGUCAAUUGAAAAGUACGCUAACCUUAUAAAAAUUUCCAGCGUGACCUGUCGUUUAUAAAUAAAUCAAAAUUUCGAAGCUUUCAGGUACGCUAGUGCCUUAUUUUAAACCUCUUGAGUGUUUGGAAAGUAUUAUGGAAGAAACCAGUCUUGCAAUAUUAGUUGAUUUUUUAUGCAUCUCGAAUAACCAUGUUAGGUACAAGAGUACAUUGUUUGUUGCAUUUGUGAUAAGACUUAACGUGUUCCAACCAAGUACAAUUCAUAAAGCUUACUUGAUGUAAGCAUAAACCGGCGUGUUUGGUUAAUAUUUUUUAUUUUUGGGUCGAAUGAUUUUGAUGAAUGGUUCUCCAAUUCAUUUUCCAAACACAUGGCAUUCGUCACUCAUGAGUUCCUUUGAACAAAAACGAUAAAGAGAGCAAUUAUUUUUUUUAAAAGCGAUAACCAUAAGAUGUUAUGGUUGGUUAACGGAGUUUGAUUUGAAAGAAGUUUUCAUCUGGUCAAAAUUCACGUGAUAGAGUUGAGACAAGCAGAGGCAAAAUUCCAUAUUUCAUUCCGAAACAUAAGUUUCAGAUGAUAGGAAAUACCAUCGCUUAGUUUUCCCAUUUAAAUUGUACCAUUUCCUUUCGUUUUGAUAAAUAUGUGUAUUUUUUAUAUAAUUAGGUGAAAACAUAAUGUAUCAUGAGGUUUGUGCUUAGGUUACAAAGAGAGCCAAACAUCAUAAAUCCUGUCAAUUGGAGGAUUCAUCUUAUAAGAGAUGUAAAAAGUUCAAUAGGUUUUCCCAGGAUUGAUUGUUUUCUCCAUAAAUGGUAACUGAUUUACUUCUUUAUGGUGUUUGAUAUUUCAAGUAUUUUUUUUGGACUCUAUAUGCAAGACCAGUAUUUUAGCAGGAAAAAAUUUUUCAAACUGUUGAUUUGGACAUUUCUGUUCUGUUAGCAAAAGGGAUCCCCUUUUAACUGUUCAUAUGGGAUGCUUGGGUGUAAAGCCCUGUUCAAACAGUUGCUUUAGUUGAUGAUAGUUUCAACUAUAAUGUGCGUUUGAACAUGAACUAUCGUCAACUAUCAUGUAGUUCAAAUUUGACAUGAUAGUUGAUGAUAGUUUUAGCUGUUUGAUUGAGUGGAUUGAUGUGAAUUGGUAGGUUUUUGUUCAGCAAAUUUUUUCAAUGAUUAAAGUAGCCAUCAACACUUGGCAGAAUGUCUCCUAGUUCACUCUUACUAUCUCCUGGUAGGCUUGAGUAUCUUUAACUUGCAACUUCUUGAGUAAAAUCUCAAAUGCUACCAGGGCUUGCCAUAUUUACAUGAUUUUGUCAACUAGCAUCAACUUUCAUGAAUCGUUUGAAUGCAAACAUGAUAGUCAAUGAUAAUGAAUGAUAGUUGAAACUAUAAUCAAACAUUAUGAUCAUUUGAACCCAGCUUAAGAUCAACAAUGUAAAGGUUUUAUUCCUGCUGACCUGUUUUGAUUGUUUAUAAAAUUAUGAGAACAUUUUCAAGUUCCAUGCUCUUGAUUUGAAAAUGAAGAUCAUGGUAUUUGGGCUGAAGAAAAUGGUGGAAGUUAGGAUCUCAGAAAUAAAGCAUCUUGUUUGAGAAGGCCCCUAAAUCUGUCUAAAGUAUUUAAAUGGAAAAUUAUAAGCUUUCUGAAACAAUAAUAAUACAAUAAUAAGAACUUUAUUUAUAUAGCGCUUGUAUUCUCUGCUCAAGGCACUUUACAAUCAUACAAAAUUAUACAUUAUUGAUAAAAAUUUACAAAUUUACAAAUUUACAACCAUAUCCUACUUUAUGAUACUUAAACAUAGCUAAAAUUCAUAUACUGACUAAAAAAGAAAAAGAAAACUAAAGCCAGCCAUAUCUUCUUACAACUCAUGUGCUUUUUGCUUCCUUUUUUCUUGCUUUCACUCGAUACAGGGGCACUCAAAUUGAAUGUAGGUCUCUUUUUCUGAAUCUGCUCUGUUUCUUUCAUUGCUUAAUUGAAAACUACUCAUUUAUUUUUUUUUCAUUGUGAUGUAAUGCUCUCCGGUCAAUCUACAUUCUAGCAUAAGAAAUUAUUAAUUCUACAAAUGGAAGAUAAAUGGAAAUUGCUGUCUCUCUUGCUAGGAAAUGAGAAAAGAAGUUUGGGGCUUUCAAGAAAAUGUCAUUGUGUUUUUCGAUGAAGAGUUGAUUGGAGGACCUGACGAUUUUAUAAAAUGGGCCUUGGAUACCCAUGGAUAUAGAGAGUUCAGGUUUGUUAUUUGAAAAUAUGUUGGUAUCCCUUGUGUUUAUUCUGUCAUUAAUCUUCGGUUUAACUAGACCUGGGAUAACAAAAAUGUAUUGCUUUUCAUUUAAUUUUAAGGGUAACUGUAUGUACUUUUACAUUUAGCCAAAUUACUGCAAGAAAGAAUUUUUUCAGUGUGAUAUUUAUUUUGUUUUUUUUUUGCUAGGCCUCUUCCUUUAUGGCAUGCCAUGGCUAAAGAAGCAUACAAGGACCAUCUACUUGCCACCAAGGUAACGUUGUGCAUAUUUAUCUAAGGCUUUGAUCACUCAAAACUUCAAUUACUCAUGAAAUUUUGCUUUGACUGUAUUCUUUUAGCAUCAGUUUGUUUACUUGGACAUAGCAGUGGGCCACCAAAAGAUUGGACGACUGUUGAUUGAGGUAUCUGCAUAGAUAUAUCAUCCAGAUUUCUAUUUUUUUGUUUGUCUGAAGUUUUUGCUGUCCAAGAGAGUUUCACGUACAUGCUCAGCAAGGAGGUAUACUUGCUGCUCACAGGAAGAAGAUUAGUUUCUUUAUAACCUGGAGCUUGUUUCAUAAAAGUCCUAUUACAUGUAGUUACUGGUUCUGAAAAGAAGAUAUUUGUUUGUAGUGUUUACAUUGAAGGUUGAGAUAUGGAUAGCUUUGAAAUUUAAACUAUAAAGAUAUCAGCAAAUGAAACAGAGUAAGACAUAUUCUUGUAUUUCUUAAUUUGAGAAUUUAGAAGUUGUCGCCCAGCCCUUAAGCUCAUAUCUAUCAAAAGGAAAAAGCGGGCUAUUAAUUAGGAUGUGCCUGUGGGAGAGAGAGAGUUGAAUAAAGUACAGACACAGCUUACACAGGGACAAGCGGAACGAAGACAUAUUAUGAGCCCUUAAUUCUAAUGUACAGUUCCUUUUCAACAGUUGUUCUCUGAAAGACUACCUAGGACAUGUGACAAUUUUCGUGAGUUGUGUGUAGGAAGUCAGACCGAAUCAGUGCGGCAUGAUCCUCCUCUGAAGCUGUGGUACAAGAACUCAAUAUUACACAGAAUAGUUCCUAAUGGCUGGAUACAAGGUGGAGGUAAUUGCAAUAGAGCACAUUUUACAUUGUAUGAUGGUAAUAGUAGGUACUAGAAUGAGAUGCUCUUUAGUAUAUCGCAAUAUUCCAUGUAAUUAUGUUUAUUUUUAUGAACUGUGAACUCUAAGCUUGCAUAGAAAUUUCUGUUGAGCAGAAGCUUUAGAGAGUAAGUGGCUGAAUCAGGUGGUAACUUAAGAUCAAAUACUGUGAACUUUGAGGAAUUGACAGACUUAGGAAAAGCCGUCAAAAUAAAGAGAAGAGUUAUCUUUCAGUCAAAUGUUUCUUGUCUAGUUUGCGAAACUGACCAGUCAACUUGCAUAGAUGUUGGUUGCAAGACUUCUCUAGCUUAAACUGAUUAUUGAAGAAGAAAGUUUUCCAAGAAAUUGCUUGUGCCUUAGUUGAUUUUCCAUUGCUCUCAACUUUUCUGUGCAUUUUAAAACUCAGGCACACCUGCGUGCACCCUAUUGCAUCAAAUCCUUGAAACUUUCUCCAAUCUUUCUGGCUUUGGUAUUCUGUUUGAAGUUCUACCACAUUGUAGAUUAUUGCGUUAGACCAAUUAGUUAUUCAGCACUGGCUGAAAGUUUUAAAACGUUUGAUCCAGAACGCAGCUCCCCGAAGGUUCUCUUGGCCAUUCAUAAUGCAACUACGGCCAGAACCUCUAUUUACGUCUGAAAGCAUUCAGAUUGUUUGUGCACCUAAUUGAAAAUCAUAUUCUGUUGGAGUGUUGAGGAAAGAUAACAAUAUUUAUUUUGUGUUCUAGAUAUAGAAGGAGGAAAAGGAACCGGAGGAGAGUCAAUAUAUGGGCCCCUUUUUGAAGGUAAUUGUAGGGGGGUUGUGUUAGUGACGUAGGAAACUUUUUCACAACAUAUUAAGACUAAAAUAAAAGUUUUUAGGGGUGGAGAAACAUAAAAGAAUAUGGAAUAUACCAAAUAGGGUCGAAGAUGGGUAAGAAUGAGGAUGAUCAAAACGGAUUAUCCCAUUAACAACUUAGUGAGAAUAGCCAUUUUAUUGAUUUCUUUAAGACGAAGAAGGGAAGGGGAGUGUGUAACGCAGGCUAUACGCUUACACUUAACAAAGGUUUGUCUCGUCAUGCAAUGUCAAUCGGCCAGUUAGAAUGCUGCGUUCGUGUAUACACACAGGAAAUUCGAAAUUCAAUUUCUUGUGAAGAGGCACUCCUUGAGAGGCUCUCGCUGGUUCCCAAUUCACUCGUGUGGAAGGACACGCAAAAUCCACACAUAUGAGCCUGCUCGCUUGCUGUGAAGAAGGCAGUAAGAAGUCUUAUAGGCGGCGGUGGACCGCUGGUAACAGUCUUGUCGUGAAACCCCUGCCUUAUAGACAUUCUUGUCUGUACAUAGUUCUGUUUUUUGAUAGCCCUCCUUUAUUUGUUGUCGUUUCUAGAUGAGGACUUUUCCAUACCGCAUGGAAAGAGAGGUAUUGUGGGUAUGGCCAACAGGGGCCGGCAUACAAAUGGAUCUCAGUUCUUUAUCACGUUACAGCCCGCUCCUUGGAUGGACACGAAAUAUGUUGCUUUCGGGUAAGAAUCACAGCUCUAUGUAUUAAAACAUGGAAAAUCACUGCCCUUUUGCUUUUGUUAAAUAUUUCUAAAAAAAAAAUCAGAAAAAUGAAAGCGUGACCUUGCAACCGCGUUACUAGACUCUUAUCUAACCACACCUAUCAACGAAUGAGAGGGCGCUUUAUGUAUUAGAUAUCCUAUAAAUUGAACUCUAGAAGUCUGCAUGGAUGUCUAAUGAUAGAAGUCAAAUGAAAAUGAACAGUUUAAGUUAGCUAGGUAAAACUAACUUUGGGCCGCCGCUCUUAUUCGUAGACAAGUAAUUGAGGGUACAAGAGUUCUUGACGAACUGGAAAAACAAGAGACGUUCAACGAACGGCCCAAGUCCACCUGUGUAAUUGUGGAUUGUGGAAUAUUCGAUGUGGAACGCCUUUGGGACACCUCUAGAUAGAUAAUUUACUUUGAAAUCAAAGCAAUCCUUAAUUCACUCUGAAUCACUUACAGCUGCUAGAAAAAGGCAGCUGCACAGAUUACAUAGCUACAUUAGUUCAGAGAUUGUUAGUGCAACAAAAUUUCCAACAGAGUUAUUAUUUUGAAAGCAAAGGAACACGUGAUAUUUAAUUUUCAUGAAAUUCGAGCCUAGCACCUUAUGGAAACCUUAAUGUGCAAUUUGGAAUGUUAGUGACUUGCACAGAAUCUUUUCCUUUUUUUCUGUUGCGUGUUUAUAGGGAUUACUUUAGGCAAAAUUACUCAACGAGAAGUCGACUGAAAACAACGUAGUCAACAGAUUAUUACACAUCAUGCGACAACAAUCGAUUCUAAUUAUUUGUGUACUUGAUAUACAUUUUUGAAGUGAAAUUGUGAGUUAUUUAAAGGGAACCGCGCGUACAUAUAGUUUGCAAAAGGCGAGUAUGAAAA